GGGAAAGCGCGCGCGCGCCCGUGCGGUGUGUGUGUGUGUGUGUGUGUGUGUGUGUGUGUGUGAGAGAGAGAGUGUAUGACAGUGUGUGUCAGGUGACUUGGGUCACGCAGUCUCUCUCUCCCUCCUCUGGGGAGGAACUGCCGCGCUCUGGCUGACUCCUCCGCCGGCGGGCGGGCGGGCGGGGCAGAGGGGGCUCCGCGCGCGCUGCGAACGGCGGGACCCAGACCUGGACGCCGACCGCUGAGAGGGACGCGCGGCCCCCGCCUCAGCCCGCGAACCUCGGGACAAAACCCCAAUUCAGAAAUAGGUUGCGAGCGGCAGGCCGGGAGGUUUGGCGCCCCCCACCAGAGACCCCCGUCGCCCCGGGGACGGCCGGCCGUGGGCGCGAUGAGCCAGGUGCUGGGGAAGCCUCAGCCGGAGGAGGAGGACGACGACGAGGAGGAUGAGCUGGUGGGGCUAGCGGGCUACGGGGACGGGCCCGACUCCUCGGACGCCGAGCCGGACAGCGGGACGGAGGAGGGAGUUCUGGACUUUAGCGACCCCUUCAGCACGGAGGUGAAGCCGAGGAUCCUGCUCAUGGGCCUGAGAAGGAGUGGCAAGUCAUCCAUCCAGAAAGUUGUCUUUCAUAAAAUGUCUCCCAACGAAACCCUGUUCUUGGAAAGUACGAACAAGAUCUGCCGGGAAGACGUUUCCAACAGCUCCUUUGUUAAUUUUCAGAUUUGGGACUUCCCAGGGCAGAUUGACUUUUUUGACCCUACCUUUGACUAUGAGAUGAUCUUCCGGGGGACAGGAGCACUGAUAUUUGUCAUAGACUCCCAGGACGAUUACAUGGAGGCCCUGGCCAGGCUCCACCUCACGGUGACCAGGGCCUACAAAGUGAACACCGACAUCAACUUCGAGGUGUUUAUUCACAAAGUGGAUGGUCUGUCAGAUGACCACAAAAUUGAAACCCAGAGAGAUAUUCACCAGAGGGCAAAUGAUGACCUUGCAGAUGCUGGAUUAGAAAAAAUUCACCUCAGCUUUUAUCUGACAAGCAUAUAUGAUCAUUCAAUAUUUGAAGCUUUUAGCAAAGUGGUUCAGAAGCUGAUUCCACAACUCCCCACCCUGGAGAAUUUGCUAAACAUCUUUAUCUCAAAUUCUGGAAUUGAAAAGGCGUUUCUGUUUGAUGUGGUCAGUAAGAUUUACAUUGCAACUGAUAGUACCCCCGUGGAUAUGCAAACCUAUGAGCUCUGCUGUGACAUGAUCGACGUGGUUAUCGACAUUUCUUGUAUUUAUGGUCUCAAAGAAGAUGGAGCAGGAACCCCUUAUGACAAGGAAUCAACAGCCAUUAUAAAGCUGAAUAAUACAACAGUUCUUUAUUUAAAAGAGGUGACCAAGUUCCUGGCUCUCGUUUGCUUUGUCAGAGAGGAAAGCUUUGAAAGAAAAGGGCUGAUUGACUAUAAUUUUCAUUGCUUCCGGAAGGCCAUCCAUGAAGUUUUUGAGGUGAGAAUGAAAGUGGUGAAAUCACGAAAGGUUCAGAAUAGGCUGCAGAAGAAAAAAGGAGCCACCCCUAACGGGACGCCUAGGGUGCUGCUGUAGGUGAGGUUUCAGGAACAUCUUUUGAAAUCAGACCUUUCAAUGAGGCUGCUGCUCUGUGUUGCACUAAAGGAAGAGGAAGAAGGAGAUGGGGACACAUGACAUAUAUUUGCUGUAAAAAAAAAAUUCCUGCAACCCACUUGAUCUUCUCUUUUUUUUAAAUAAAGUAAGCACUUUGAAGCAAAAACGUAUAUUAA